AUGAAAUAGACUCUUCCUGUACUCGCACAUUUUGAAAAGAGUUCAGAUGAAAUUGCUAGUAAUCUAAGUGAUCAUCAUAUACAAUAGAAUAUUUUACAUUAAAGUAUGGAACCAAUUACCAUAUUAUAAAACAAUUGUAAAACUAAAGAAAAUAACUUGAAACUCCUAUGAUAGAAGCUAAAAGAACUUUAAGGACUAUUGAAUAAGAUUCUGAAGGAACAAAAAGAAGUUAUUCAAAAUAAUCAGAACGUAUUAAAGCUACAUCUACAUCCAAUUUCUCUAGGCCUGAUAGUUAAUUUGAUACAUUCAUUCAAAAUACACAACAUUUUGAUUUAAAAUCUGCACUUCUUUUAUUGUAGAAUAUUAAGUAAAUCAUGGAAUGUCUCUAAAAUAAAGAGAAUACUCCAAAUUUCUAAUUAUAUUGGGAAUCAGUUUAUAUGUUUAAAUGGGAACAAUAUAUCUAUUAUUUUAUCAGACCUAUAACACAGAAGACAAUUUAAGAAUCUAUAUUUUUGAUGGAUAUCGUAAUCUCAUUUAUUUAAUGUUAAAUGAAAGAAAAUUUAAUAAAUAACAAUUCUUAAGAAUAUUAAUAAGAAAUGACAGUUUUAACUAAAUUUAUAUUAGAAAACUUCUGUCAUUUCUUAAAGAGAAUUUUAACACAAACUAAAUAGUAGAAUAAUACUUUACUUAUAGAAAUUUAAAAUAAAAUUGAUUUAAUCUUGUGUAAAAAUAAUCCUUGUUUUAGUUUUAUAUAGGAAUUAAAAAGGAAUAAUAGUUUCAUCAAAAAUAUAAUUGAAAAAUUAUUAAAAAAUGAUAAUAAUAAUAUAUAGCCUGUAAUUAUUACAUGUAGAUAUUAAUUAAGUCAAAUAAAAACAUUAGAUAUAUAGAGCAGUAGACCAUAAUUAGUUAAUGCAAUUUAUUUAUCAACAAGUGUUGUUUAAUAGACAGAAUAUUAAUCUCCAUUAAAAACCUUAUUUAAAAUCCCUCAUCAAUAAUAAUACGCGAUGCAGUUAAGAUAAUCAUAUAGUAAUUUAGAAAAAAUUCAAGCUCCAUUUAUUUAAGAACCGUUUGAACAUUUAUUAUGUGUAAUAUUGGACUUAGAUGAAACAAUGGGUCAUUAUGUAUGAGAUAGUAUAAUAAUAUUAGAGUGAUAAGAUUGGAAAAUUUAUUUAGAGACCAGGAUUGGUAGAAUUACUAUAAGGAAUAAAAGAAGAUUGUGAAAUAAUAGUUUUUACAGCAGGAUUAUAGAGUGUAUUAUUAUAUUAUAUAUAAAGUAUGCAGAUUAAGCAAUAAGAGAAUUAUAAUGUGAUUAGUAUAUAGAUCAUAAAUUAUAUAGAAAUCACACAACAUUUAAUGGAAAUAAUUUUAUUAAAGUAAUGAUUAUAUUAAUUUAAUUAAGGAUAUAAGUAAAGUAGGAAGACCAUUAGAGAGAACUAUAAUUAUUGAUAAUACUCCAACUAAUUAUGAAUUAUAAUAGGAUAAUGGACUUUUAGUUUCAACAUGGAUUGAUUAAGAAGAAGAUAGAGAAUUAUUUCAAUUAAAAGAUUUGAUAAUUAAAUUAGCUAAGGCUAAAACUAAGGAUGUGAGAAAAGCUUUGAAAAAAUAUAGAGAUUAUAUUAGUGGACAUAAGUGA